GUGACAAUUCAACAUGCACCUUCUGUUGCAGCCAUGGGCGCGUGGUUCAGCCGCAAUGACCGCCGCUCACGGCGGCUGUUGAUGAUUGGCCCAGCGUAUGCGGGGAAAACGACCCUACUGUAUCACUUCAAGCUGGGUGAACAUGUGCAGGCCAUACCAACAGUUGGUUACAACGUGGAGGCGGUGAGAUUUCAGAACACCACCUUCACUGUCUUCGACAUUGCCGGGAAAGACCGCAUUAUGAGGCUGGGCAACAUCUAUGCUGAUCGAUCUGCUGAUGGUCUCAUUUUUGUGGUCGACAGCUCGACGAGCUCUCAAGAGGCCACUGAGCAACUGCAUCGUGGCAUCCUUCAGUGGAACACCAAGAAAGUGCUGCUGAUUUUGGCCAACAAACAGGAUCUUGAAGGUGCCAUGGACGUGGAUCAGCUCUCCUUAGCUCUGAAACUCUCGGAGUUACCAGGUGAUUGGACAUACCACGUGCAGAAGACCAGCGGGCUCACCGGCCAAGGCUUCCACGAAGUUGCACCGCCACCCCUGCUGAUGCAACACCUGGUUCAACUUGGAGAAGCGCUGGCCAAAUUUGCCAAAGUGGCAAAGUUCAAAGCGGAUUGGUCCAUGAGCCAUGGCCCCUUCGCCAAUGGAAGCACUCAUUGCCAUCAUAGUUCUGCCAGGUCAUACUGGGUAUCCACUGCCAAGAUUUGGUCUUCGAGGCUCUUCACGCAUCGUUCUUUGGCACCAUUGAUUUUCUUCCUGGCUGGAUCAUCCUGUGGAUCCGGGCUUUUGCAGCGCGGCGCAGGUGUUCCAACUACGAGGGUUGUGUCCAUAUCUGCGACGUCCUUCCCAACCUUUGGAUCGAGGUUGCCGCUGUCUCGACAUUGCAUCCCCUGGGCUGACUGCUUGAGACGCUCCAGCUUGUCCACGAAGGCUGCUGGUUGUCAAUCAAAUCGAAUCGCAGAGUCCAUCAUGGCGCAAGCCCAGGGUUGGGGUUGCACCUUCUCGUUGCAUCUGAUGCCUUUGUGGCCUCAGGAACUUCCCAGUCCUUGCGACCCUUUUUUCUGAGCCUCUGCUUCACCCUCUCGUUGACCCGGUCCACUUCUUCCUGAACAAGUUGGCGAGGAGCUGGGAGCCAGACAUUUCGCCCAAGCCGGCGGAAAA